UUAAUAACCAUGAUGCAAAUAUAUUUCUUAAUUUACAGGAGGAAAGGAGAGGAAUGUUACCAAAGUAUCAACGUCUCAAACCUGGUGUGACACGUGUUGCCCCGACAACCAUUUCUAGCAGUGCCAUAAUUUCAAGGCCACCGGCAUUGGCAGGUAAUAUGAUGGCACAACAAAUGAGACAACAUAUGCCGCCACAAGGUACUCAACAACCAGGAAUGGGCAUGCCCAUGGGCCAAGGUGCCCCCCAACAAAGGAUGCAAAGACCACCUUUUCCAGGACCGCCUCCUUUUCAGGGUGGUCAGGGUCCGCCUCCAAUGAGGCCACCAAUGAUGCAGUCUGGAGGAGUACGUUACUAGGACACCAACUCGGAUGUAACAGGUGGAUCGUUUAUCUGGAAUUUCUAAUGUAAUUAAUUUUUAUGUCUUGAGAGUGGAAGUGUCAAUUUUAUUGUGAUUUUACCUGUUCAGGUGCCUAAGUAAAAUAUGGACUUUUAGAUAUGAACAUGCGACGGUGAGAAUUUUUCCAUAUUAAUAAUCAGACCAUUUACAAUGAUUAUCGUAAUUGUAGAUCUUAUUUUCAGUUAGAGAAAAACAAAAUGAAAGAUUGCUACUCCAGGUAAACAGGCAAGUUUUAUUUUUUUAAUGUGACUAUGAUACAGCUCUCCUCAGACUCUUCUGUGUUCAACAGUCAGCAAUGGGAAGAUUUUCAUUACUGAAUUUUCUUCAGAGCACUGCCAAGGUAAAUCAUUGCAAUAUAAUAAUGAUUUUGAUUGCGAACUGGUGCACCAUAUUAACAAAUGGUGUGCAGUGUGUUUGGUAACACGUAUUGUUGAACUUUAAAUAAGAUUGAAAUUAAUUGCAUCUUGUUUUACCCCUAUACUCGGUGUACGAUUCCUGCACGUAUCAGGUGAGGAAGAAUCAAUUUUGAAAUCAACCUAAGAGUUGGUUUGCAGCUGAUAACUGAUCAUUCUCCAGAGUGGACUCAAAUUGGUUGGACGUAGGAAAAAAAUGUGACUUUUUUUCAUAUAUAUAUAUAUAUAUACUUUUGUUAAUAAUUCAACAGGGUUCUUUUUACUUUUAGAAAACUCAACAAAUCAAAAUAUCAGUUUGACAAAAUUCUUUGCUCUCUGGCAAACAAUGUCCAUUAAUGUAAGCGAUAGCCCAUUGUGUAUAGUAGAAAUUAAUUUCCUUUGUAUGUUCAAGAACCCCUGCAUUUUUUAAAAAUAUUUUUCUCGAUAUAGCGAAUGUAAGUUAAACUGACGAAAAUAUCAUGUUUAGUAAGUAUCUUCAGCAGAGUUGUAAUAAGGACCAUAUGUUCAUGAUUUAGGUACGUUAUAUUGUAAUUGUGUUGCAGUUCAAGUCAAUCCGUCACUCCCACCUCGUAGUUCAGUGAACGUUGCACUUCUAUCUGUUAAAGAGCACAUUUCAUGUUCAAAGAUAAUCUGCCGUGCAGUUUUUAAAUUCAUAUUUUGCGACCAGACUCUAAUUGCUUGCAUGUGAAAAACAUUGAUACUAAGAAAGGAAAUUGGUGGACCUAUUCAGAUGGACAACUAAGUGUUCUCAACUUUAUUGUAUGUAUUUUAUGAAUUAUGAAAUUUCCCAGCAGAAAUGAGGUACUUUUUUGUUUGUUUUAAUUGAACUGUUACUGUAAAUUAUGAAGCAAAACAUCACAGUUGUACCAGAGAGCCUGAAGGUCAGUAUUAGUAGUGGAAAGAGCCGGUUUUCACAGCUGUCAUGUGCUGUUGGACUUACUGGAUGUCCCCAACAUUUUGUUUGGUGAAAGAUUGGCUCACACCUGCUGCAACGUGUUUAAAUCAGCAUAAAUUUUUCCCCACAUUUUGAGCCCUAUUCUGCAUAAACAUGUGUUGAUUAGGCACGAUUGCAGCUUGUGUACUGGUGACUUGUGAAAAAACAAAUUCAGAAUGAGAUUAAUAUAUAUUACAAGAAUGUACAUUGUGGUGACAUGCAGUAAAAAAUCUUGGCAGAGUACAUUCGAAAUGCUCUGGUAAAACACGUCGUAAAUGACACUAUUGUAUCGUACAAUGUGCAUCUUUUCUACCAGGUGUUGAAGUUAUUCAUAUACUGUAUUCGCUUUAUUUAGUAGCACUUGUGCUUACGUAAAUGACAAGUUGUCUAUGAUCAAAAUAAAGACAAAUGGGGUAUGAUUAGUCUGAAGUAUAACAUCACUACUGACGUGAAAUGUUUAUUUCAUGUCACCACAAUGAAUAUUAGAGUUCUAUAUCAAUAAUUAUCAAUUCCCAAGUUUCUUUUUGUAUCUCCAGCUAUUGUUAAUUUUUCAGUGUUUGUUCAUCUUUACUGUGACAGUUAAGGCAAGUGUGAAAUAAAGUUACAUUCUUCACAAAU